AUGAAUUUUAAUGAAUUUAAAGAAUUAUCUAAGAAACAAAACAAGAAAAUAGAAGAAUUGUGUAAGAAGUAUGAAAGAUUAGCAGAAUUUGAUAGUGAGACUUCUAUUUUAUUAAAAGAUAUUGAUUUGGAUGAUUCUGAAUCAAAUUUGAGAGUGUUUUUAAAAAAUAAGUCAGAUAAAGAUAAUCAGUUAGAAAAACUCUCUAAAAACAGGCUUAAUUCUAAUAAAAAUAAACCAAUCAAAAAGUCUAAAAAUGAUUUUACUAAGAAAAAUAAAAUUAAAUAUGUGGACAUAAACAUAGAAAAAUAUAAGAAAUACAUUUUCAUAAAUGAGAUAAAUUAUUAUAAAAAUAAUGUAACCUCAGAUGCUUUAAAUCAUUUUAAAUAUGAUAGAGUACCAUUUGAUAUGGUUUUUAAUUAUUAUAAUGCUGAUACAUUUGAAGAGAUUUAUGAUUCAAUUUUUAAAAUAAAAUUCUGA